CGUAUACUAUCAGUAAAAUCCUCUUCUACUUCUUCUGUUAAAAAGCAUCAGUCCCAACUCGUUUUGGAUCUGACAAAAACCUUUCUUAUUUCCCACACCAAACCUUUGAAGCAAUUCAAAUAUGGCAAUUUCUCCACUCAAAACUCAUACCAGAUUACCAUAACUGUGUAAUUUAAUCUCUGAACAAUCCAUCUAAGUUUCCUUUUUCUUUUUGAUUUCUCAUUGUUCUUUGGAUGUUAUAUAUUUGAUUUAAAUAUAGAUAGAUUUGUAUAAAUGGAGAAGAGUUUCAGUGCCGAAGAUCUGUCUACUAUUGGAGGAAUAGCUACCGUUUCGCUUCUUCAUUCAUUCAUUCCUACGCAUUGGCUUCCUUUCUCCAUUGUUGGCCGUGCACAGAAAUGGACUCUCUCAAGAACCCUCCUUGUCACGGCUUUUGGGGCAGUUCUGCAUGUGAUAUCCACUUCACUUCUUGGGAUAACAGCAAUCACCAUGGCAAACACUAUUGCUGGAGAAGAAACAGUGCACAAGCUUGCAUCACUUCUUCUCAUAAUUCUCGGUGGUAGUUAUGUAUUACUUUUUCUUUCUGGGAAGGGUGGUGGACACAGUCAUUCGCACAACCAACCCAUGGAAAAAAUGGCUGUUGCAGGGCUUGUCCUUGUACCUGCAUUAUCCCCUUGUGCAACCACACUUCCUGUUUUCCUUGCUGUUGGGAAUUCAUCCUCCAUGAUGGUGCUUGCUAUCAUAGUGCUGCUAUUCAGCACUAUCACAGUGAUGACAUUACUCGUGGCUCUAUCAUUUUAUGGUGCUAGUCAGCUGAAGUUUCACUGGGUGGAGAGGUAUGACAAACUUCUCGUGGGUUCAGUUUUAUGUUUGGUAGGAAUCCUCACUUUGAUUUUUCAUGAUCACGAUCACGGUGGAGAUGAAGCUUUAACUGGAGAUCAUUUGCAUAGAAAAAUCAUUGUUCUUUGAAAGUGCUCACACUAUCUUGCAGUUUGUAUUUUGGUAUAUCUUAGUGUUUAUAGGUUACCCACUUCUGGCUCAAGAAGGCUGUGGCUGUGACCGUUAAUUGUGCCUAAAUGAGUAUUGAUGUUGUUUUGUUAAUGUACAUUCUGAUUCUGAUCCAAAUAGUGCUUGUGUUGGUGAGUGUCGGCUCCUUAAUA